AUGGCGGCCAAGAUCUACAUUGUGUACUAUUCCACCUAUGGCCAUGUGGCCAAGCUAGCGGAUGAGAUUCUGAAGGGUGUGUCUUCCGUCGAAGGUGUGGAGGUCAAGCUAUGGCAGGUCCCGGAGACUCUUUCCGACGAAGCACUCGCAAAGAUGGGCUCUCCUGCCAAGAGGGAUGACGUGCCGGUCAUCUCGCCCGCAGAGCUCGCCGACGCCGACGGAUUCGGCAUGAUGCCCACGCAGUUCAAGGCGUUCAUGGACGGCACCAGUGAGCUGUGGUGCCCGCAGCGGCUCGCCGGCAAGCCUGCCGCAUUGUUCUUCUCCUCCGGUUGCCAGGGCGGCGGCCAAGAAACCACCGCGUUGACGGCCAUUACUCAGCUGGUGCACCAUGGCAUGCUCUUUGUUCCGGUCGGGUACACGUUUGGCGCAGGCAUGUUUGAGAUGGGGCAGGUGAAGGGUGGCAGCCCGUAUGGGUCUGGCACCAUUGCUGGGGAUGGAUCACGAAUUCCCACUGAGCUUGAGCUGCAACAGGCUUUCCACCAAGGGAAAUACUUUGCGGGGAUCGCAAAGAAGCUCAAGGGUUCUCCAUGAUCGACGGCUACCAAGAUCGUGUCGACAUGAAUAAAGUUGAGUUUAGCUCUGAAUCUAGUAAUUUCAUCGGUUCAUUGAUUGUAAAAUGCCUA